AAUUUCCCGUGGCGGUGCAAAUUAUCCAAGGUUGACCUCAUUACUUUUCUAGAAUCUAGUGAGCUUCGCGUUUUGAAGCCAUGGGUUCCUGAACGUCGAUAUUUUCCCCCAACCCCCAUACAAAACGGUGCAGAUGUCUCCGACACGGAUAUCACCCCUUCUGGAGGCUUGGUACAAGUGGAAGUCGCUCAGACUACCAUGGCGCAAGCGCUUCCUCGUUGGCCGUGACCUACAGGGUUACACAUUUUGGGAGUUUCGAGAGACCCGCGGCAAUGAACCUGGCCGCUUCCGCCGCAUCGUCAAGUAUCCGCGAUCCGUCUAUCUGUCCGACGUCAAGGUAUCACCGUUGUGGCAUCAGUGGUUGAGGCACACCCGACAAGAGCCCCCGACGCUCGAAGAACAAUCGCGCGAGGCCUUCCGACAGGAGCGCAUGAAAGUGUUAGCAGCGCAGGCGGAUGCCAGAUGGGAGGCAAAGCCUAGGUUGACGGAUGCUCCGGGGCAGCAGACAGGUCAGCGUUUGCCAUCAUUCAACACUGCGCAUACCCAACCCAUUGCGCCGGAACUGGAGGCGACGAACCCGACCACGAAGGCGAGCGCACCCGAGACAGUAUUGCCGCAGUCUGACAAGCCGGCCGAGCCGGCUCAGCCUGCAAACGAGACGAAGAACAAGUACGGAAAGGACCCUUGGGCGAAAGCUCGAGGGCCGAGUGAGGAUUGGCAGCCAGAGACGUGGGUGCCACCUGCAGGAAAGAAAUAAAUGGCUUAUAUGACAGCUUCGCGUCUGUAUACUACUAGAAGACUGAAUGAACCUCCGCACAUGUACCAACA